AUGCUGCAAUUGAUGAAGAGACUUAAGUUGUUGAAGAAGAAACUGAAAAAUUUGAACAAGGAACACUUUAGGAAAAUCUUGAUUGAGGUUGAAAAGGACAGAGUGGCCUUAGACAAUAUACAAAAAUUGCUGCACAACAAUCCUACGGACAUGAGUUUACAGGCUCAAGAGAAACUGCAGAGUCAGAAGUUUAGGCGAAUAUCGUAUCUAGUUGAAAUAUUUUUACAACAAAGAAGUAAGGUUGCUUGGAUUAGAUUGGGUGAUGAUAAUACGAGGUACUUUUACUCUAUGAUCAAACAUAAAAGACUACAACAUGCCAUCACUUACAUUAAAGACAAAGUUAGAGUGGUGCAGACGAAAAGAGUGGCUAUAACACAAGUUCUUGUCGAGUAUUAUGAAGAAAUGCUGGGAACUAGAGAGAGGAAUAGAGUGAAAUCAUGUGGUAGCAUCUUACAGAAUGGUUAUUACCUUACAAUAGAUCAACAAUUAGAGUUGGUUCAGCCGUAUUGUGCAGAGGAUGUGCAGAAAGUUUUAUUCAAAAUGAAUGUGAAUAAAAGUCGUGGACCAUAUGGGUUUGGGAUUGGAUUCUUUAGAGCAGCAUAG